AUUUCUCCCCCUCUACAUCUCUAUCAAACCCGCUUCUCUGUUCUAGGGUUCGAAGUUAGAUUCCGAUCAUAUCGCUUCUCCAUUUCGAUUCUCUCACCCACUCUCUAUAUUGUCUUCAUCUAAAUUUUCCUGUUUUUUCUUUGGGUUUUAAAAAUUUCUGAUUGGAUUUAGGCUUACGAAUUUUUGUUUUCCAGUUCGCAUUUGCAUGCGGUUCAAAUUCGAAGGUGUUUUGCUUCAUAUUUUGUGUAUUGUGGUUUAAAUUCAUGGGACGCGGUAGAAGUUUCAUUGCCUGAAGACUACAUUUGGGGAAUUCUCUCAUCGAUUGAGCGGCGGAUGUUUGCUUCCAGUAUGGAUACUGUGCGGGACACAGCUAGAAAUGCAGGAACGUUGUUAAUCCCAAUGCGGUUUGUCUGGCCGUAUGGGGGAAGAAGUGUAUUUCUCAGCGGUUCUUUUACCAGGUGGUCGGAGCUUGUUCCUAUGACGCCUAUGGAGGGCUGUCCUACUGUUUUUCAGGCUAUUUACAGCUUAACCCCUGGAUAUCACCAGUAUAAAUUUUUUGUUGAUGGAGAAUGGCGGCACGAUGAGCAGCAGACUUGUAUUUCUGGUGAAUAUGGGGUUGUAAACACUGUUCUCUUGGCUACAGAGCCUAGUUAUGCUGCUCCACUUGCCAAUCCAGAGAUGGCCCCUGGAUCUAGCAUGGAUGUGGAUAAUGAUGCUGUCCGUCGCUUGGUCCGAAUAAAUGAUGGACGAUUGUCAGAGGCUGUGCAUAGUAUAUCAGAGGCUGAUCUGCAGUGCUCCCGUCACCGCAUAUCUGCAUUCUUGUCCACACAUACUGUUUACGAGUUGCUCCCGGAGUCAGGCAAGGUUGUUGCUUUGGACAUUGACUUACCUGUGAAGCAAGCUUUUCAUAUAUUGCAUGAGCAGGGUAUCCCAACAGCUCCUCUUUGGGAUUUCAGCAAGGGGCAAUUUGUUGGAGUUCUCAGUGCUUCAGAUUUUAUUUUGAUAUUAAAAGAACUUGGGAAGCGUGGCUCAAACCUGACAGAGGAGGAGCUUGAAACACAUACUAUAUCUGCUUGGAAAGAGGGUAAAGCAUAUUUGAAUGGUCGAGUGGAUGGGCAAGGAAGAUUCUUGUCAAGACAGUUCAUUCACGCUGAACCGUUUGAUAAUUUGAAAGAUGUUGCUUUAAAGAUCUUGCAAAAUCAGGUGGCUACAGUUCCCAUAAUUCAUUCAUCUGCAGAAGAUGGAUCGUUUCCACAAUUGUUGCAUCUUUCUUCACUUUCUGGAAUACUAAAAUGUAUCUGCAGGUACUUUAGGCAUUGUUCCAGCCUGUUGCCUGUGCUCCAACUGCCAAUUUUUGCAAUUCCAGUUGGAACAUGGGUCCCAAAAAUUGGAGAAUCGAAUAGAAGACCAUUAGCUAUGUUGAGACCUAGUGCUUCCCUUAGCUCAGCGUUAAACUUACUGAUUCAAGCUCAAGUUAGUUCGAUACCCAUAGUUGAUGACAACGAUUCAUUGCUGGAUGUAUAUUGCCGAAGUGAUAUAACAGCUCUUGCGAAGGACAGAGCUUAUACACACAUUAAUCUUGAUGAAAUGACCAUUCAUCAGGCAUUGCAACUUGGACAAGAUUCUUUCUCUCUUUAUGAGCCACGAAGUCAACGAUGUCAGAUGUGUUUGCGAUCCGACUCGUUGCAUAAAGUAAUGGAUCGUUUGGCAAACCCAGGUGUUCGACGGCUUGUAAUUGUGGAAGCUGGCAGCAAACGAGUAGAAGGGAUUAUUUCGCUAAGUGACGUUUUCAAGUUCUUGCUUGGUUAGUCAAAAAAGCAUUGAGGAUAAAGAACGAAGGACGAUCCCAAGGGGGGGUUUGUGCAAAAAAAAAAGAGAUGAUGCGUAGAGGAGGAUUGUACACUAUCCAUCUGCAUAGUUGUUAGUGAUGGGGAAGGACUUUGUCUUCUUCAUUUGAUUGGGUUUAGCCUCUCACUUCCAUCGCCUGGCUUUUGAAGGAAUUUUAGGGUGGAGUGGAGAAAAAAGAGAGGGCCACAGUACAAAAAAGAAAAAAAAAAAAAAAAAAAGGUACAAUUGGGAGGGAGGACUUGAAUAGCGUUCAAAUUUCUCAACUCCCCCUUUUCCAUUUAUUAUUAUUUAUCAGUUUAUUAUGAAGGCCUUGCCUUGAUUGCUACUAAUGUAGAUUAUCAGGAUUGUUAUCAAGCUCUGUUCUUUCCUCACCUGAAGAGAA